UGUGAGGUGAGUACAUUUUACAUCGUACAGGUCGUGAGAGGAUGGUGACAUUGUUUUGCGUUAACAAUGGCCGAGGGUGAGAGUUUUGAUUUGAUAGAACACAGCAAUAGCCAGAUGUCAGUCAAUAGGUAUCAUCUGGAUACCAGAAGAAUGUCAAAACGGGUGCAAGAGCAUACUGGAGUAGAUGUUUGGUUGGAGGAAAAGGGUUAUUACAGAAAGGAUACUCCCAAAGAUCCAACUUGCCUAUUUCGGGCAGUUAGUGAACAGAUAUAUCAUACGCAAUAUUAUCAUAUAAAAGUCAGAAGUGAAUGCGUAACGUUUAUGAAGGAAAAGAAGCAUCUGUUCGAGGAGUCAAUAAAUGUUUCAUAUGAACAUUAUUUGGAUCAAAUGGCAUGUUUCACCGAAUGGGGAGGCAUGAAUGAAAUUCGUGCCAUAUCCCUGCUUUAUAAAAGAGACGUGAUCAUAUUUAAUGGACAAAAACAAACGGUCGAGAACGUUACUAACAGUGGAUUCGAUCAGAAUUUGUUACUUUGUUACACGCCACCAAAACAAUAUGAGACUGUUCUAUCGUUAUUAUAUGUUAAAAAGGCUGCUUACUGUCAAUCUCUCGUUUAUGGAACUCUAUACGAGAGCGUUUUUAAUAUGACUGGUAUAACGCAUACAGCAGAUAAAAUGUUAAAUAUCGAUCGAAACGAUACAUUUAGACAUGAUAGAUUCUUUCAGAAGGGAAAUCUUGAAUUUAGAGAACAAUUGACUGCAGAUUUAUACAGUAGAGUCGAAAGUAGUCGUAUCAACGCGGACGAAGUGCAAUACGACUCCAGAGGUAUACCACCUAUCCCUUACAAGGUUGCAAAAGCACUUAGUCCUGAUAUUUAUCGCAAUACAGAUUUCGACACGUGGCAUGAAAUAAAACGAGAGGUAAAAUAUGGAGGAUGGAACAAGCAUAAUAGCAAUGAACUUCAAGUCGGUGGCAAGUGUUUGAUUAACUUGAGCUAUUUGACCGAUCAAACUAAAAGUAAUAAUCCGUCGCAGCCCAGUACUAGUGGAAGUAACGCCAAAAGUGUGCAGCAAAAGUCAAAACAAGAUAAGUCCUUUUAUUUUGGAUAUAUACAAGGAUUGGGUUCCAAUGAAGAGCCAGCUCUCGUUUUUAUCGAAGAAUUAGGAGAGAUGCGUCUUGUCCCGUAUGCUGCUCUGAAACCGUUUCCCCUCGCAAAAAAAAAUAAACAAAAUUCAACGUCACAUAAUAAAAAAAAUAUACCUACAGAUACAGGUCGGCGAUGGAAGAAGACGUAUAAUUCAACCUCACGAAAGAAAAAGGAUACUAUAAAUGUAACAAAUCCCAUAACAAAUAAUAUAAAUAGAAAUGACGUUGAUACCAUUAAUAUCAAGGGUGCUAACAAAGCCGACUGUAAAGCUGAUGAACGCAAUGAUGAAUCUUCUGUAUCUUCUAAAGUAAAUCAUGACCAAACCUCAGAGAAUCAUGUUAAGAAGGACUGUGUUAAUCAUACGACAAAUGAAGCAGUUAACAAUCCACCUACGGCGGCUAUUCACGAUCCACAAUCCUUAAAGACAAAUAACGUAGUACAAGAGAUAAUCGAAGACCGUAAGAAAACUAAUAGUAUACAAUCAUUUACGAAACAUAAUGUUGAUAAUAGUUUCGUAACCAAGCCUGUGAGAUCUGGAAGGUCUCAUAAUAAUCAUAACAGUCAUCAGAAUUCGUAUUCUAAAACGAAGAUGAUAGACGAAAAUUAUUGCCUUUCUAACAUUAAUCCGCAAAUAAAUAUAGUGGAUCCGGAACUUUUCUACGUCUUCGCUGACGGCAGUUCAUAUCCAGUUAUUCCGUUUUUACCACGAAAUUUUGGUGAUUUCGAUCAAGCCGACCAUUUUAUUCCACCAAGAUUUAUGUGUAACUCGGGUGUGGAGUACUUACGUGUAAAUCAAGCUUGGAAUUACGGACCUAUGGCAUUCGGACCGGGACACCAUGAUGCACUACCAUUAGAGGGAACAUCGAACGCUGGCAUGAAUAAUGCCCCGUAUAUGCGAGAGGAAGUGGCGCGUCUUGUUAAUGGCGUGCAGAAUUGCUCGUUAACUUGUAACGAAACAGCAGGAUGCAACGUUGAUGGCAAAGAUAGCUGUAGUGCCGAGCCGAUAGUCUACAAAGCCCCGACUCCUUACAUAAACGGUGUGCCAAACACGAAGCAUCCGAAACAGGGAACAUCGAGGAAUCUAGGUGUCAAAGACUUUUCGUAUCAGGUUUCAGAUAAGAAAUACAAUGGCACGGUUAAUAAAGGUGGUAAAGGCAGCAAGGUCCGUUACCAACAGAACAAUCGAAAUGCACUGGCGUACACGCAAUACUGGAAUCACUGCGGUGCAGUUAUCCCGGCUGCUUCCCCCCACGACGCGAAGAUCAUCACUCAUAUACAGCAGCAACCGCAACAUUUGGAUCCAAUGGUGCAGCAACAGCAGCAGCAAGCAGCAGUCAAUUCGGUGAACGGGUGCGCGCCUUACGUACCGCCACCCAACAUGAUAUUUUAUCCGAACGACGCAGCCGCCGCGGAAAUUUGCUGCAACCCGUACUACAUAAACAGCGCGCUUGUUCCUAUUGCGUGUUUCCCACCGGGCACAACAGCAGCGUAUCACGACGCGCCCGAAAACGCGCCAGCAGUUCCACCGCCGCCUUAUCCACCGCAUCUCUUUCCGCAACAUACCGAGGCUUACGCGCCAAGUUAUCCGCCAACGAUGUGUCCAUCAAUAAUGUACCCACCGGCGCCACCGCAAAUGCAGUUCCCUGCUGUUAUACAACAGCAGCAACAGCAGCAGCAGCAGCAGCUGCUGCCACCACCACCACCACCACCGCCACUACCACCACCACUACCGCCACUACCACCAUCACUACCUCCAACAAACAUGCAAGAACAGUGGUAUUCCAUGAUAGGACCACCACCCCCGCAUUACGUACAAUAUGCGGCUCCACCUGUAAUUACCUGUGAACAGCCUUGCAACAGCCAGACUGCUGGCGGCUCAGCUUAGCAUAUUUAGGUCAUUUUAUAAAGAUUCUAAAGAAUGUAGACUGAUGGUUAUCUUGCAAGUAUCUCAGUGCUUGUACUGAAUAGGUACUUACAGAUUAUUUAUAUCUAUAAUGACGUCAACUGCACAUCAUGUGUAAUAUGUACCUGCGCCUGUGAUCAUUGCAUAACUCCUAAUAAGCAUACAAACCAUCAUUCAAAUUAAAAUUCUAAAGACUAAUAACUGGUAAUGAUUAAGAAAUCCGUAAUACGCACACUUUUCACGGCGUUUACCAGUAUAAUUAUAUCUUAAAGACUGAAAGUGACCAUAUUAGAUUGACAUCGACUAUAAAAGACUGGUUAAGUAAGGUACUUAAAUGACAGGCUGCGAAGUAUAAUUAAUCGCAGAACGUGUGAUUUACUAUAUUUCGAUAUACGCGAGCUGAUAAGUUUUUGCGACUUUUUGUCGCAGCUUUCUACCUCUAUAGAAUAUAUAAAAUAAUAAUCGGUUCAAAAUGCAAUCACAGUUCCAUUCUUAUAGAUGCCGUAUUGAAUUCAACAUGUUUCAAUAUUCCUCAUACACAAUACAGUAUAGAAAAUAAUAAAUAAUAGUUUAUGAUGCAGUCAGUUGCAUCUAUGUAAAUUGCGUAUUAAAUUACAUAACAAAUUUAAAACAUGCCGUUUAUAAAUAGAUAAAUAUUUAAGAUUACACAACAUAACGUACCGUUUUUGAAUAUUCAAAAAAUUUUAAUGUCAGUAUAAAUUCUUUUUUUUUCAAAUUUGGUUAAAAAUGACAAAUGCCCUCUGGCUUUAACGUUGUAAGCACAAAUGAUGUAGCUAGAACAUAUAGUAAUACAUAGUGGCAGGUUCCAUGUAUUACAAUAGUAUUACACGUUGUCAUUAUUCUUAUAGUUGUGUGUGAUCAUUUAAAAGUGAUCAUUGAAAGUUAAUUUUUUAGAUUAUCUAAGAAUUGACCAUAAACUAAGAUCUUGUAAUCCGUAACAUUAUAUUAAACUUAUAUAUUAAUAGUAUCUUUAUAUCUAUAUACAACUUUUGUUAAAACUUUUGCCAAAUAAAUUAUGCAAACCGA